AUGACUUCCACACGUCCGAAACGAAACGUUCGAAACACAAUACAAGCAGCUCCAGUUGAAGAUGAUGCCACUAUCGUGCGCAACACACUGGACAGACUUGUGUAUACAGUGGACGUGAUGGCAAGAUUCGACCAGACGCGCCGCGAUAUCGCAGCCGUGCAUCGGGGAGAGACCACGAAGACAAUGGCACAGGUCAUGACCGAGGCGAGAUGGCAUGAGCACGCGACAAAGGCCAAGAAAGACUGUCCGUUGGGGAGUACGAGGAAGAAACGGUAUUACACUAUUGAGGAGGAGUCGGAUAGUGAGGAAGAGGAGGAUGAUCCGAAUGUUCCGAGUACAUCAGCCAAAAAAACUCCCAAGCCAACACCGGAAAAGAAAGUGCCAACUCCAUCAAAAGCAAAACUAGCAGCGAUGAAGAAAAAAGAACAGGCUGCGAAGCGGAAGGCAGACCGAGAAGCCAAGAAAUUGGAAGCACUUAACGAGAAAGAUGAAGAUGAGGAGAAGGAAGAGGAGAGUUUUGUUGGGAUGCCCGUGUUGGAAAGUGUUGGUGAUCUACCAACAACAUCUUAUACUCCGAAUUGUGCCACACCGGAAUUGGUACCGCCAAAGUUUAGUCCAAUUAUACCGGAGAUUACUGUAGAGGAGUACAAAGAGAAAGAACCGGAGCAGGGAGAUGUCCCUGAGAGAGAUGCUGAGCCUGCAGUAGAAGAAAUGAUGGAGGUUGAUGAACCAAUGGAGCAGGAACCGACGGUUCAGGUGCCAGAAACUCAGUUGCCAGAAGUCAGUAUUCCAGAGCCUGAGCAAAUGGAAGUGGAUGAUCCUGUAGCGCCAGAAGAGAGCAUACAGGAACCGGCUCCAAUUGAUUUUGCUGCUCAACAGGAGACUUCUAAGGCCGAUGAUAAGCAAUCCAUUGCCCAAGAAGUUGCUGACCAAUCCACUACCCAAGAAGCACCAGAGAAAGCUCUCGAAGAGACCCAUGAAGCUCCGAAAAAUGUUCCUGUUGAGCCGGAAGCGACAAAUCCACCACCGGAGGAAUUGCUGGCCAACUCGCCACCCCCUGAAAAUGUCAAUCAGGACGAACCAGCUCAAGAUCAGUCGGAAAUUGCUCCAGACCAAAUUUCUGGACCACCUGCUCCCGAACCAUUAGAACUACCGCCUCAAGAACCUUCACCAGUGGAAACUGCUGCUUCCGAAAACAGUGUGGAGCCAACUCCAGAGACUUCAAGUGUUCCAGUUCAACUGGACAUUCCAACAACUCCAGCCGAGGCUGUUCAGGAAGUUCUUGAUGUUCCAGAAGAUGAUUCGCUCGCCCAGGAAGAACCAGAGACCCAACCAGCUGAAUCUGGCUCUAAACCCACAGAAGAUAUCAAACCUACCGCAUUCGAGGAUCUUGACAUUCAACUCCCAGAAGCCCCUCGACGUCCAUGGACUCGACCAGGAACCACAGUUGACAUCAUAGACUACAAGAAUCCUGAAGACGCCAACUACUCACCGGAAGAGCGAGACAUGAAGCCGUGGCUUGGGAACGAUGUCCCCUUAUACCCAUUGGACCUUCUUCCUCCAAUCGACAACACUCCCGGACGUGUUUGGUAUCCAGAGAGACGCUUCUGUGAGACUACAAUGCAAGAAAUGCCUGCUAUCGGACCAAUCAACGAGUUGGAGACCCUUGAACUGUCUUUCAUCCCUGAAACGAUAUAUUUGAUGGAUUCAGAAAAGUAUGAUUUGAUUGUGAAGCGAAUGUUGGAAAUUGAAAUGGACACUUUGAAGAAGAAGAUUCAACAACCCAGACUACAAACCAGCACUAGAGUUGAAAUAAACACAAAACUACAUGCUCUCGAAGCUCAGUACAAGGAUUUGACAGAGAAAUCGGCGCGACUUCGGCUUCAAAUUCUAUGUUUGCCAGAAUACCAACAAAUAAUUCCCGAUCGAUCGUUUCUGGUGAAGUAUGCAUUUUUCGAUCACACCUGGUGGACUAGCAAUCGGAAAUGGUUUGACAAGUCACUCCGAAAAAUUGGGCAUGUCACUCAACAGGAUUUUCUGGAUCAGUUCGAAGCCACCGAAGACCCUACAAUUCUUGAAUUCCAGAGAGAAAUGCUAGCGAAUGCAAAGCAGUUAGAGGAAGAAGCUGCCGAAGAAAAGAUCCGAAACUUCCAGUUACCAUUGGUCAGUGAUUUAACUAACCAUCCAUCACACGCUCGAGACCGAAUGAUGAUUUUCCGAGAGAAGAUAGCACGAUACUUCCAAUAUGAAGAUUUUGAACGAUGCUAUAUGACGGACCCAGCACUACGGGAACUCUACAAAAAGCUCCGACCAAUACCAUUCUAUAACGGUGUGAUCCUGCAGGAAGCUCAUGAGGAGCUGUUCGCUUUGAUUUCGCAAUACAAGAAGAGAUUUGCAGUGGAGAACCCAGUCAAUCUGCUACCGAAAGCUGGAAAUGAAAAGCUGCCGAUUGAGCGAGACAUUGUGAAGAUUGUUGAGCGAUGUGCACAAGAUCUUGUGGAUACUGUGGUUCUAAGAGAGUUGACGGAUUUGUCCACCUUCCCUCAUCGAGUUCCAGCACACAACAACUCUGUUCAAAGACUUUCUCAGACCGAUUUAUAA